AUGAGUUACUUCACAAAGUUUCAGCUGCACUACAAGGAACCACAGGAAGCGAGGCAUCUUACUAAAGGACUGCAUGCCUGCAGACCCACACUCCUCCCCGGUCGGCGGCUCCUCCACACGUGCCCUUCAUCUCCGUGCGUCCUGACCGGCAUCACACCGACCCACGGGAGCACCUCACCGGCUCCUACCGACCCCCGGGAGCACCUCACCGGCUCCUACCGACCCACGGGAGCACCUCACCGGCUCCUACCGACCCCCGGGAGCCCCUCACCGGCAUCACACCGACCCCCGGGAGCACCUCACCGGCUCCUACCGACCCCCGGGAGUCCCUCACCGGCUCCUACCGACCCCCGGGGAGCACCUCACCGGCUCCUAACGACCCCCGGGAGCCCCUCACCGGCUCGUACCGACCCCCGGGAGCACCUCACCGGCUCCUACCGACCCCCGGGAGCCCCUCCCGGCCCCCAUGGCUCUCCCUGCAGCCGCCUCGCGCCCGCGCUCGGGCUGCUGUCUCUGGCCGUCGUCGGGAUUCUGCUGCUGGUCCUUCCCGCCCGAGAGAGGGAGACCCCCCCUGAGCACAUGUAUGGCAUCGUUCUGGACGCAGGCUCCUCCCACACCUCCGUGUACACCUACAGGUGGCCGGCGGACAAGCAGAACGGCACCGGCAUCGUUACCCAGCACAGCGACUGUCACGCAGAAGGUGGAGGCAUAUCCAGCUACGCAGGUUCUCCUGGUGGUGCCGCCAGAAGUCUGGAGGUCUGUCUGGACGCAGCUGUGAAGGACAUCCCCAAACACAGGCACCACCAAACGUCCCUCUAUCUGGGAGCGACUGCCGGCAUGAGGCUCCUGAACGCCGAGGAUGCCUCUGAGUGCCGGCGGGUUCUGGACGAAGUGGAGAGCAAGCUGCGGUCGUACCCUUUCAAGUUCACCAACGCCACCAUCCUGGGGGGGCGGGAGGAGGGCGCCUACGGCUGGGUGACCGUCAACUACCUGCUGGAGAACUUUGUGAAGUACGGCUUCGUGGGGCGGUGGCUGAACCCAGGCAGAGAGACGGUGGGCGCUCUGGAUUUAGGGGGAGCCUCCACACAGAUUGCCUUUGAGACCUCGGAGGAGGUGGAGGACAACGUGAUGGAGCUGAAGCUCUACGGACAGACCUACCGCCUGUACUCCCAGAGCUUCCUGUGCUACGGACAGGACCAGUUCCUGAAGAGGCUGCUGGCUCAGCUCAUCACGGCUGCAGGUGUGCCGCCCCAGGUGGUUCACCCCUGCUACCCUCGAGGGGUCAACGUGUCCAUCAGGCUGGGGAGGGAUGUCUUUGAUUCUCCGUGCACCAGGAGCCUCAGGCCCGCCCGGUUCGACCCCCAGACGGAGGUCUCCGUCGUGGGCGCAGGAGACCACGGCGGCUGCCUGGCCAGCGUCCGCACGCUGUUCUCCUUCAACUGCUCCUCCUCACAGUGCUCCUUCAACGGCGUCGCCCGGCCCCACGUGAGAGGAGGCUUCAUGGCCUUCUCGGCCUUCUUUUACACCAGUAACUACAUCAAGCUCCUCACCAACAUCCCCACCUCGUCCCCCGGCCGCCUGCAGGAGGCCGUGCGACUCAUCUGCAACAUGAGCGUGGCUGAGAUGACUCAGAAGACGAAGCAGAAAGAGAAAUACAUGAAGAAUAUCUGCGCCGUCUCCAAUUUCGUGCAGGUCCUCCUGCUGCAGGGCUACGGGUUCGAUGAGCGCUCCCUCCCCGACAUCUCGUUCCAGAAAAAGGCCGGAGGAGCUUCUGUGGGCUGGGCCCUGGGCUGCAUGCUGACUCUGAGCAGUCUGGUUCCAGCAGAGAGACUCGGGGUGAUGAAGGCUCUGCCGCCAGGGCCCUGGGCCGGCAUCCUCUUCCUCUUCGUCACCCUCCUCCUCGGUGCUCUGGGAUACCUGGUGAUGAUCUACAGGAACACGAGAUGUAAAGAGGACGUGGUGUAACACACCUUCGUGUCGCUCUUGGAGAAGGCAUAUAAACAUGUGUGUGUGCAUGAAGUGAGAUCAGAAAAGCAGUGAAGUAAGACAAUGUCCCCCAAACAACAGUUCAUUAACAUUGCUGUGAACAUUAUUGUUUCUUAUCAUGUUAAUAAAAAUAAUAAAC